AUGUGGGGUGUGAAGUCGUGCACAAUCGACGUUUUGCCAGAGGAUCCAACCACUGCAGUCAUUUCGUACCAUUGGCCUCCAGGCCUGACCAAGAUCAAGUCCAAGUUUACGUCGGAGCUCGAAAACACGGCGACCAAAGCAAAAACGUAUGCCAAGAUCCAGGCAUUCGCAUAUGCAAUGCAAAACCACCGUCAGAAUCAACAAACAUCCCCGAUGUCGACCCAGCUGGUUGAUUUGCCAUUGCCUGUUAUUCCUCAUUCCUUCGAGUUCAAUGUUGGCAUCGACACUAUUGACGAGGAUGUGAUCAUCGUUGAGUUCAAGGUCCAAGGAAAUUCGUCAUCUCACGGCAAUAUCUCGCUCCAAAA